CAAAAACCAUUCCCUUCUAUAAGUAUCGCUCUCAAAAAUCCAGAUAUCAUCUAGCAUCAAUACAUUUUCACUCUAUUCUGCGUGCUCACAGAAAAAAUCUUCAAACUUUUCUUUUGUUUUCAGUUGUCUAAAUAAUCAGCAUGUCUCAGACUGUUGUCUUGAAAGUCGGCAUGUCAUGCCAAGGUUGCGUUGGAGCCGUGAAAAGGGUUCUAGGAAAAAUGGAAGGUGUUGAAUCUUUUGACAUUGAUAUCGAGCAGCAAAAAGUUACCGUGAAGGGCAAUGUCCAGCCAGAAGCUGUUCUGCAGACCGUUUCUAAAACCGGGAAGGCAUCUUCUUACUGGGAAGCAGCAGAAGCACCAGCUGCACCAGAAUCAAAGACGGCUGAAACACCAGCUGCACUAGAAACGAAGCCUGCUGAAGCUCCAGAAUCAAAGACUGAAGAAGCACCAGCUGAGCCAGAAUCGAAGCCUACAGAAGCUGUUGCUGUUGCUUAAUAUGAUUGUUUAGUCUCUGGGAAUGGAAUGUGUGGGCUUUAGAUUCUCCAUUGCUCAAAUCAAAUUGUGGUCUGGAGUAUUUGCAAGUUUGUAUGCUAAACAUAUCCUAUAAAAUAAACUUCUUAGAAGCUCUUUUAUGUUAUUGAUAUUAUA